AUGGAGAGAUCUAGGGAUGUUUGUGUGGUUGUAGCGGCGUUGAUGUUAUGCUCAAUGAUGGUGAGCACUGCUUCUCGCAUGUCAAUGCCUGAGGCUGAGAAUAGCAACGAGGAACUCAGAGGAAGUCUGCUUGCCAAUGGGCUUGGCUUGACUCCUCAAAUGGGGUGGAAUAGUUGGAAUCACUUCAACUGCAAAGUGGAUGAGAAAGUCAUCAAAGAAACUGCUGAUGCUCUAGUCUCCACUGGUCUUGCCAAGCUUGGAUAUAUCUACGUUAAUAUAGAUGAUUGCUGGGCUGAAAUGCAACGUGAUGCCAAGGGUAAUCUAUUGCCUAAGAAUUCAACAUUUCCAUCUGGCAUUAAAGCCCUUGCAGAUUACGUUCACAGCAAGGGCCUUAAGUUAGGAAUCUACUCAGAUGCAGGGCAAUUUACUUGUAGCAAAACCAUGCCUGGUUCACUUGGUCACGAGGAGCAAGAUGCCAAAACUUUUGCUUCAUGGGGUAUUGAUUAUUUGAAGUAUGAUAACUGUUACAAUGAUGGAACAAAGCCAACCGUUAGAUACCCUGUAAUGACUAGGGCACUAACAAAAGCAGGUCGUCGAAUCUUUUUCUCACUUUGUGAAUGGGGUGACUUGCACCCUGCUCUAUGGGGUUUUAAGGUUGGAAAUAGCUGGAGAACUACUAAUGACAUUUCUGAUAAUUGGAACAGUAUGCUCUCUAUAAUAGACUUGAAUGAAGUAUAUGCUGAUCUUGCAAGGCCCGGUGGUUGGAAUGAUCCUGACAUGCUUGAGGUGGGAAAUGGAGGGAUGAAAAAUAAUGAAUAUAUAGCCCACUUUAGUUUAUGGGCUAUUUCCAAGGCUCCCCUUCUCCUUGGUUGCGAUGUGAGGAACCUGUCAAAAGAGACAUUUAAUAUCAUUUCCAAUCAAGAGGUUAUUGCAGUUAAUCAAGAUUCACUUGGCAUACAAGCUAAAAAGGUUAGGAUGGAGGGUAAUAGUGAGAUUUGGGCAGGGCCUCUUUCAGGCAACAGGGUAGCUCUAGUUCUGCUCAACAGAGCCACUGUACCUCAUUCAAUUACAGGCAUUUGGGACGAUAUUGGAAUCCCUGAAAACAGUGUCAUCGAAGCAAGAGAUGUUUGGGAGCACAAGACAUUGGAGACAAGAUUUGUUGGAAACUUGACAGCCAACGUGGAGCCUCACAGUUGCAAAAUGUUUGUGUUGAAGCCAAUUGCUUGA